AUGAUUGACAUCUUUGGUGAUAAACCCCUAUUCAUGCCAUCCACCAAUCACUCCUUUGGCCACAACAAGCUUUUAUACAGUUACAGGGUCAACAAUGAAUGGUUAGGAAAAGAAGAAGAGCAUCCCUCUAACACUAUAACAGCAGCAGCACUUUGCACCACCAAUCCCAUCGGAAACUGGAAUUCCUCAGACAAGGAAUGGGAAGAGGACACUUGGGAAUAUCUGCUGACACAAGAUGACAACCUAUUAGAAAGUCUCUGGGCAUUGCUGCAAGACAUUAGGGAUCCUGGAGUGACCAAUAAAGUUGAUUGA